GUAACAGGGGUACAGAAAAUGAGAACAUAGUGUAUAGCGAAUUAACAGUCGCGCAUUCUUCAGCUGGGAUGCAAUGUAAUGAGCUUUUAUCUCUUCAUUACGUAGAAACCCCGGGCAUCUAAUUUUAAUACUGAGCAGGGACAUUGAAACCGAGCUUUGUAAAACUUCCAGGAAAAAAACUCUUAUAGUUUCCCAACCAAGGGUGCGAUAUUUCCAUGAACAACAUGUGAUAUAAGAACUGUUCCGUUACCGACGUUCUGACCAUGUGAGUACUCCGUAUACCUCAAUUCUCAAUAACAACCUAUGCAUGUCCCAAACUCAAUAUGUCGUCUGUGAACUACCUGGACGGAGUGAACUCUGCACCUAGAAAUCCCGAAAACCAGCAAGCAGCUCCCGAUCGUACUCCAAUAGUUUCUCCAAAUGAGGCGGUUCAUCCACGCCUAGAUGAUUUUAUCGAAGAACCCCUUGGCGAAGGUAACAGGAACGUCAUGUUACCUGACAAAAAUAUCGACGCCGACUUAGCUAUUAGAGAUUCUCGAGAGCGUAUGGAGAGAAACAUUGCGGAUACAGGCAAAGUGCGAAAUACGUAUAGAAUAUUGACGUUGGAAUUUGCACUACCUACAUGGACUCCGCAUAACAAGAGACUCCAAUGCUUCAGAACACUACUAAACGACCUAGAUCCUGUCUUCGACAGCCAGGAAGCUUCCUUACUGUACAAUAUAUUCCUUCCUAUAGACUAGGAGGACUACCCUGAGGCUACUUACAUAAA